ACAGUAUAUAUAAUUGAAGACUAAGGUAACCUACCUUAGGUAAGGUAGCUAUCAGUUUCUCUACCUUAAGGUAACUUACUUUCUACUCCACUCGCCGUCGAAUCGGUUCGAAUUUGACUUGCUGAGACCUAUACGAGCUGGAUACUUUACUUAUUAAUUCUUGUGUCAUCCACUCUCCCGCAUCGUCUCAACCAUCUGCUCGUCUUUCACGUCCACCAUUAAUCCGGUUCAAUCAAAUCACCCAGACUUUCUCUAUUAGACGUGAAACUAUACCAUCGGCUUCUGAUCUACCUAUCUAUCAACAUGUCCGAACUCAAGGCCGGCGAUACUUUCCCUGAGGGGGUCACCUUCCAGUACAUCCCCUACCAGCCCGACAAUGCUGAGAUUACCGCCUGUGGUAUCCCUAUCAACUAUGAUGCCAGCAAGGAAUUCAAGAACAAGAAGGUCGUCGUCGUCUCCGUCCCAGGCGCCUUCACCCCGACGUGCCAAGUCUCGCAUCUGACCUCCUACGUGGGCCGCGCCGGCGAACUCAAGGCCAAGGACGUCGACCAGGUCGUCUUCAUCGCCUACAACGACGCCUUCGUCAUGAGCGCCUGGGGCAAGGCCAACGGUAUCAAGGGCGACUUCAUCAUCUUUGCCUCCGACGCCGGCGCCAAGUUCUCUUCCUCCAUCGGCUGGGUCAUGGGCGAGCGCACAGGUCGCUACGCCCUCGUUGUCGACCACGGCAAGGUCGUCUACGCCGCCCAGGAUACCCAGAAGGGAAGCAUUGAGUUUUCUGGCGCCGAUGCUGUCCUGGCGAAGCUCUGAGGUGGUGGGGACUUGACUUUGGUCUUUUCGGGUUUUCCCUGUGCUUAUUUCGUUGUCCUCGCAAAACUGAUGCAAGAGACUGGGCACUUAUGCCAACGUUAGAAAGGGGAUGAUCCUGGCUGGCGGUAGAUACAUAAAACUAGAUGCCUUGCCGUAUGUUCUUCCACCCUCGUGAAAAGGAGAAGCUGUCCCCGGGUGUCUGGCAUGUGGAUUGGAUUUACAAGUUCGAUCGCUUCCAACCCGGGGGAACACACAUAAAUUAUGGAUCGCAUUUCACAACGCUCGUCGCAAGUUCUUCACUGUCGAAACAAACGCCCCCCAUA